AUGGCGCGGCCCAAGAAAGUCGGGCCGCCGUCGCGGAAAGCUGCCUCCGGGGAGGAGGAGGAAGAGGGGCCGGUAGCGGGAGGGGAGACGAGACAGGAGGAGGAAGAGGAGCACGGGGACGGCCCCCGCGCGAUUGAUGGGCGGCCCCUCCGCCCUGGACCAGCCCGCCUGUCCUGCCCCUCGGCCCCUUCAGCCCGCGCAGGUGGGCAAGGACUGACCCGCCAGAGUUCUGGUGAGGAGGAUCCUCUAGCCGAACCAAGACCAUUCACCAAGAGUUCUGCGGUUAAAUGUGAUUCCAAACUUCCAGCAAUUGACCAAACAUCAGUCAAACAGAAACAUAAAAGUACCAUGACUCCAAGGAAGGUGGAGAAAGCAGGCCCCAGCAAACCCUCUUCAGGUGAAAGCCGAAGCACUUGGGCCAUAAAACUGGAAACAGACCUAGGAGGACCUGCUGGCUGGGACAGGCUAGGGAAGAAAGGUCCUUGGGGAGGAGGAUCACACCCCUGUUCAGCAGCCCAGGCACCACAGAUUUUAUCAAGGAAGAGGAGGCCAAACCUGGGGAGGCUGACAGUCAGCCCAGAAACGCAGAGCCCAAGAGUGCCGGGGGACAGAAGCAGACUGAAGGCGCAGGCCCUCAGGGGACCAGAUCCAGUAGUUCAACAAGAGGGCCCAAUGUGUGCACGUGACACUAAGCCGAAGAGGCCAACUCGAGAGAGAAGCAGCUUAGUUUCAUCCUCACAGCUAAUGACCAUGACUGAGAAUACCCCUGAGAGAGCCAAAAAAGGAGACCCAAGUGCUCUUUCCCAGAAUGAGCCACAUCCAGGCCUAUGUCAGGCCUUCCAAGAAACAAACAGCCCUCAAGUGUUGAGUGAGUCCUUGGGGCCAUCACUCCAAACCACCACCACGGGAGGACCAAGAAGGGCACCAUUUAGGUUCAGAGACGAAGAUUUUUAUUCCAUUUUGUCAUUAAACCCUGGAGGAGAAGGUGAUGACACUGAAGAAGAGACCCUAGUAGAGGAAGAAAUUUUAUUGGCUGGUAUGCACCCGCCUCGUUCUCCUCCCAAUCAUAAGAGAAGUCGAUUUCUUGGGAUAUCAGUCUCUCAGGCCAAAAAUAAAAAUUUUGAAGAAAAUCCCGAAAAUUGCAGAGCUAAUUCUGUAAGAAGAAAUGAGUCCAGUCAUGGCUCAUUAAGAAUAAGCAAUACAAUGGUGCCAGUGAUAGAGCCACCUCCUGUUGGGCCAAGGGAGUUUCAAGACCCCGAGCCACCUGACGGGGGGUCUCCUAAAGACAAUGACAGUGGUAACAGUGAACAUGAGGAUGGCACCUUUCCUUCAUGGGACACAAAAUCCGACACUAGUCUAGAUGGUGACCUCAAUGCUGAAAAUGGAUUUAGAGAUUGUACUUCAAUGGAAGAUAGGCCUGGUACCCGCGAUUACGAAAGAGAUUGGCACGCCUAUUUAAACAGUUCUAGUAGUUCUCUUGACCGUUUUCUUUCUAGUAGGCCAACGUCUCCAAGAUCACCAGUGAAUUCAUCUUAUAACACUCCUGGAUCAUUAAUGCAUUCUGCUAUGAGAGAGGAUAUUCCAGUAGAUUUGUCAAUGUCGUCUACCUUCGUUCACGGUGCAGACUCAGAGGGAAACUCAAGGUUUAAUGUUCGUCAACCACUGUCCCCCAUUAGAAAUAGGAAUCCAUAUGUCAGUGCUGAAAACCAUAGUUAUUUUCCAGUAAACAGUGCACAUGAAUUUGAUGUCAGGGGAGCAGAAGAUGUUACUUUAACAAGCCCAUCACAGGGGGCUCCAUUAUACACAGAAGACCUCUUACUCCAUCCUCAAAGCAACUUGUCCUUGGUGGAGUCUUCCAGCUCCUCUCCAUCAAGAAUGAACUUACAAGGCCAUUUGCAUGUGCCUGGGUCCCUGCAAGAAAACAUACCUUUUACUUUCUUUGCAGUUUCUGAUUUCCCAAAUCAAAAUGAUAAUGGAAACAGACCGGCAGUCUCUGCUUUCCUGGAUGAAAAGGAAGCCACUAAGAUAAAGGCAGACCCCGACAAACUCAAGAAAUUACAAGAAAGUCUCCUGGAGGAGGACUCGGAGGAGGAGGAGGGAGAUCUGUGUCGAAUCUGUCAGAUAGCCGGGGGUUCCCCAACCAACCCCCUCCUGGAGCCUUGCGGCUGUGUGGGAAGCCUGCGAUUUGUUCAUCAGGAGUGCCUGAAAAAGUGGCUGAAAGUGAAAAUAACAUCAGGAGCGGAUCUAGGCGCUGUGAAGACCUGUGAGAUGUGUAAGCAAGGCCUUCUGGUCGAUCUGGAUGAUUUGAACGUGACCGACUUCUACCAGAAGCACCAGCAAUCCCGGGCACAGAAUGAGCUGAUGAAUUCAGGCUUGUACCUGGUGCUGCUGCUUCACCUCUACGAGCAGAGGUUUGCAGAACUCAUGAGGCUCAACUACAACCGAGUUGCAAGGGAGAGGCGCUGGCGAUUACAUGUGCAAUCUGUUGAGGUCUUCGUGGUCACGUGGGGAGGCUAUGGUGCGGUCAUCGCCAGGACGCAGAUGUGGCACGGAUUCUGUGUAAGUGUACGCACGGUGGCCUUCGGGCCGAAAAGUCCCAGUGGCGGCCUCCCGCGGCAGCCCCUGCGCCGAAAGGGCGCGGCCGCGAGCCGACCUCGGGGAGCAGCUGGGGGGCCCCCGCGGCUCGGGGCAGGCUCUCGGCGGCGCCCCCUCCCCGCCCCCCGCCCCGGUGGCGCCGGCGGCUCUUCCCGGUCCCGGGAAACCUGCGGCCCGCGCGCCCGGCGGUUCGCAUGGGCAGGGGCGACCCCUAGUGCCCAGCGCGGGCCGCUAUCGCCCUGCGGUGCCGGGGACCCAGCCUUUCCCCCGGGGGGCGUCCGGGCCCCGGCCGCAGGCAAGACUGCCGUCUCGGGGGGGCAGGAGAAGAGCAUCCCUGGGGCGCUGCUUCAAAACGAGUCUCCGCGGAGGAGGCGCGAGGACCGUCCCCGUUCUGAGCUGGGGGAUGGAAAUGACAGCAACAGCCCCGUCGUCUAG